CCCUGUCGUGAAGAUACAACGUUCUAGAACAAUCGUAGGACAGCCUGUAGGGAUAAAGGUGGCAACUUUCUCAUCAAGAGGACCUAACACCAUUUCCCCAGCGAUUCUAAAACCAGACAUAGCAGCACCAGGAGUGAACAUAUUGGCUGCUACAUCUCCCAAUGUCACCAACAAUGCUGGAGGAUUUGCUAUGUAUUCAGGAACAUCGAUGGCAGCUCCAGUUAUUUCAGGAGUGGUUGCACUUCUCAAAGCUUUGCAUCCUAAUUGGUCCCCUGCGGCUUUACGAUCAGCUAUUGUCACUACAGCUUGGAGAACAGAUCCGUCUGGAGAGCAGUUACCUGCAGAAGGGUCAUCUCGCAAAGCAGCUGACCCGUUUGAUUACGGUGGAGGCCUUGUGAACCCAGAGAAAGCUGCAGAACCAGGUCUCAUAUACGACAUGGGCCCAAAAGACUACAUUCUCUACUUGUGCUCGGCCGGUUACAACGACUCAUCUAUCUCUCAGCUUGUCGGAAAAGUAACAGUCUGUUCAAACCCUAAACCUUCUGUUCUCGAUAUGAACUUGCCUUCAAUCACAAUUCCAAACCUCAAAGAAAAAGUUACCCUCACCAGAACAGUCACUAACGUUGGGCCAGUUAAUUCUGUCUACAAAGUCGUGGUCGAGCCUCCGCUUGGGGUUAGAGUGGUUGUGACGCCGAAGAAACUAGUGUUUAACUCCAAAACCAAAAGGGUCUCCUUCAAGGUACGAGCAUCGACCACGCACAAAAUCAACACUGGGUACUACUUUGGAAGCUUGAUUUGGACUGACAAUGUGCAUAACGUGACUAUUCCUGUGUCUGUGAGAACACAGAUUCUGCAAAACUACUUCGAUGAGAACUGAUGAUUUAUUAUGUGUUUGCAAAAACAAAGCUUUAACUAGGUGAUAACCCGCGCCAUGCGCGGAGUGAAUAAAUUUAAGAGUUUAGUAAUUUGAAGUAAUCUAUAUUAUAAAGGUACACUACAAAAAAAUAGUAAAUAUUCAAAAAUAAAAUGUUAGUCAAAAUUACACGUUUCACUAACAAAUUAAUUUUUUUU